AUGUACUCACACAAAGUAAGUGUUCAGUCAUGCUUUCAGUGCUUCCAUCUAGCUGGUCCAUUUUGUAGCGUGCUGGUGGGGAGACUUGGUUGCCGGGCGACAGUCAUGUUGGGCGGCGUCCUGAGUGGGCUGGGAAUGGCUGCCAGCUCCUUUACCCAGUCCAUCGAACAGCUCUACGUCACAGCUGGGGUUAUUACAGGACUGGGUUUCUGCUUCAGCUUCCAGCCAGCGGUGACAAUCCUCGGUCACUACUUUGUGCGUCGCCGUGCUUUUGCCAACGCCAUGUCCUCCACGGGCACGGCGCUGGGACUUUGCACUCUACCUUUCCUGGGUAACUACCUCCACACAGAGCUGGGCUGGAGGGGCAGCUUCCUUGUUUUGGGGGCCGUGCUGCUGAACUGCUGCGUGUGUGGAGCCUUGAUGAGGCCCCUGCAGCCCCCCAAGCAUCGAGGCCAGCCGCUGAUGAACCAUGGACCCCCUCCGCCUGAGGAGGAGAAAGUGACGAAGGAAAAAGGGUGGAUGAGGAGGAUAUGGAACUACUUUGUGGCUGCUCUGAGAAAACACAUGGCGUUUGAUCAGCUCUGCCACAACUCGCGUUACUGCGUGUACGCCAUCGGCAUCACCUGGAUGAUGCUGGGGUUCGUGGUGCCUCUGAUUUACUUGGUUCCCUACGCCACGGCUAACGACAUGGAGCAAGGCCGCGCCGCGCUGCUGAUCUCCAUCAUGGGUAUGGUCAACAUCGUGGUGCGGCCGCCCUUCGGCAUCCUCUUCAGCCUGCCCUGGUUCAAGGGGCGACACAUUUACGUGUUUGCCUCGGCGCUGCUGGUCAACGGGCUCAGUAACACUAUCUGCUGCAUCGGGCCCAGCUUCCCCGUGCUGCUCGUCUACGUGGUCUUCUACGGGCUGUCCAUGAGUGUGGUGGGAUCCCUGAUGUUCACUGUCCUCAUGGAGAUCGUGGAGAUGAAGCGCUUCCCCUCCGCUCUGGGCCUGCUCGCUGUCAUGGAGAGCAUCACGCUGCUCAUCGGGCCUCCACUAGCAGGAGUCCUGAUCGACAGGACGGGCGAGUACUACCACGUAUUCUUCGCCUGCAGUGCCGUGGUUGCCUCCUCCGGCGUGUUCCUCAUCGUGGCGUUUAGCUGGCUGGACAAAAGGGACAGGAAGUUGUCGAAGCAGGGUCCCCCGUCACCUCUGCCUGAAGCAGCCAGACCUGCUGUGGACCUGGCUCCGGACUGCCAGUACCGCAGCGUGCCAACAGAGGGAGAUAAAGACAAGGCCUCGUGUGAAGGAGACACCUCCAGCGUCUGAACCCCCCCCCCUCCUCUAACACACAUCACAAACUCAAUCAGCUUUCCAGAUUGUUUCCGGAUGUUUGCUCCAGCCAGCUCGGUGCUCCAGAUGUUGCACUGUUUACUUUCCCGCCAUCUGGUGCGCCAUAAAAGUCAAGACGAACCACAAUGAAUAAUUAAUGUUAGACAACCUUUAUACCAAAAUGAACAGGUGUGCACUUAACAACUACAGUGAUUGUACUAUUUAUUGCAAAUAUGCUGCUGAUCCUAUCAAUGUGAUCACACAAUCUAUCUUACAUGAGGUAUCUCACUUUAUCAAGCCAAGUUACAUACAUGAUCCUUUGUUGAAGAAAUCACUGAAUUUUUUUCUGGAGUGUUUUUAAUGAUGAUAGUAUAUGAUUAUCAAUAGGUCUGGUUAGCUGCUGUUAAAUGAUACAGUAUAACAAACAAACUAAGUAGAAAUAUAAAUGGGUGAAAUCAAAGUGAUGGCAAACAUAGUUGAGUGAAGUCGCUCCCUGAGUGCUUCAAUAAGAGUUAAAGAAAAAGAUGGUGUGAUUAUUCUAUAUUUGUCCUAGCUACCUAGUGUAAAAAUAAUUUCUGGUUAUUUCAUUAAAUGCACAUUUCUUUAAGGAUUUGGGCCUUGAAUGUGCAAUAAGAACUCAUAUAAUUCAGAUUGUACUACUCCUCCACUCAGUGCCUCAACAUGAUGACCACCUAAAGGCCCUCAUCCCCUAUCAGGAUAAAUAUUUAUGUUGAACAAUAUUUUAUCCCAGAAGAAUAUUGCAAUUAACUUUUAUUUAUUUAAUUUCAAGACCACUUUAUGCAGAUGAUAAUACAACAGAACAAUAAGGCAAGCUCACCAUUUAAAAGAGCUAUUAACGCCAAUUCUUAAGAAUAUUCCGAAAUUGGAAUAAGGAUGUAAAAGAAAAUAAUUUUCUAAAUAAAUAAAAGAUCAUAAAAAUAAAAAUGAAUGUACUGUUAAUAAGAAAUAUGCAGCAUCAGCUUAAUGCCCAAAUCUUGUUAUAAUAGGAAAAAACCUUUAUUCUUUCAUAUGUUAAAAUGUUAGCACCAUUUAUUGUAAGCAAAUGCAUGUAAAACAAUAUAUCGAGGUCAUGUCCAUAUUUUGUACAAAAAAUAUAUAUAUUCAGGUCCACAUUAUGUAUGAUUAGUUGAUAACCUUAUAAGUGACACGGUACCAGUUGAGCGCUUUGUUUAAAUUUAAAAGAUAAAGCAGCACAUAACUUUGGUGCAAACAGGUCACAAAUAUAUCAAUUCGUUUUUUAUGGCCUCAGUAAUCGGCUACACACCAAAUAUUACUCAGAAAGGCAGAAAUCAUGCUUUUGUUGGGACGACUUUUAGCGGCGGAUUAUUCCACAUUUCUUCCUUUAGUUAGAAAUGUGGCAGCAGUUCAGUGUAUGUGGGAUUGAGAAGAAUAUAGAAUAUCAUCCUAUGUAUCCUUUUACUAGCAAUAGCUUGAGACGUGUUACUGUUGGCCUUUAUCAGCCAGGAAGAAGAAAUAGGUUAAGUGUUUUGACAUGUUAAAUAUAUUUUCUUCAGUGUUUUGACAUCUUAAGUAGGAAUGUGUUUAUCUUAUGUAUUGUGGAGGCAUUACACACCGCAUGCUGAGCAUAACACACAUAUUUAUGGUCUGCUUUAGAUCAUUACAUCUCUUUGUUGUUUACUGUGACAUGUAGAAAAAUGAACAUUUGUACUGUAUAAGCAGCAAUUAAUCAUGUUUGUUUAGUGUUUCACAUGCUUUCUUUCCUUAAUGGAACAGUGCCUUUUUAUAGAACUGCUGCAUUUAAACCAUAUGAAAGUAUGGAGCCCUCUCUUGAAGAUAGAGGCAAAUUAUUUCAUGUUAUAUCAUUUUCUUGAGAGGAAUGUUUUGUAUGGCACUAAGGAGUUUUAUCACACUGUAACUGAGUUUACCUUAGCCCUAAUCAGCUAAUGUAUGGCAGACUUAUCUUUUGGUAAACGAACCAGUGAGACUGUUUUGUGUCCGAUGUGACUGAAAAUGUCAGGUGUGAGCUGAAGUGCAGUAAACAAAAAAGAGACGUUUCUCUGCAAUGACAGGAUUUAUGUUAAUUUGUCAAGGCUAGUAUUGCUUUGGGCCAAAUUAUACCUUUUAUUAUAAAUUCUUUAUUUAUACAUUUUGAACAGGGGAUAGGGGAGAAUAAAUGUUUGAAUAUUAA